UCAACAACAGCUGUAAUGAUCAAAACAAACAAAUAGUGCAAUAAAUCCAACAAACGCAAACGCGACUGCUAAAAGUCAAUAAGGGCAAGCCCUGUCUUUCGGUAGCCAUUUAUUUGCUCAUCUAUACGAUUGAUUACUCCUUCAACGAUUCUUUCCUUAUCCUACAUCCCCACAUGAUAUAUCUUUCUGUACCAAUCUCCUGUUUCUCGGUGGUUUCGCGUUAUUCUCUCUCUAGAAAAUUACUUACCGAUUGAGAAUUCAAGUCCUGUGCAGUUUGUUUUCUCUCGUUCUGUUGGGAAAUUGGGCAUUUCUUGGAUCGGUUGUGAUCUUCUCGGAAAGUUGCGGUUUUUUCUGAGGUGGGGUUUUGGAAAUUGGCAUAAGAAAUAUAUGUUGAGUUGAAGAGGAAGGAGGUGAGCUGGAGCUGAAUUAUAUGGAUAAUUUCUGUUGCUUCAAUUCGGUGUCUCAGGUUGGAGGACGUUCUUCAUGUAGCUCAGGCAAGGGCAGGAGCCAUCAGAGCCCAGUCAAGUAUGGCUUUAGGCUAGUUAAAGGGAAAGCAAAUCAUCCCAUGGAGGAUUACCAUGUUUCAAAGUUUGUUCACUUUCAGGGACGUGAGCUUGGACUUUUUGCUAUAUAUGAUGGACAUUUGGGAGAUAGUGUACCAUCAUAUCUACAAAAGCAUCUGUUUCCUAAUAUCUUAAAGGAUGAGGAGUUUUGGACAGAUACCAACAGGUCCAUUUCUAAAGCCUAUGAGAGAACAGACCAGGCAAUUCUCUCUCACAAUCCUGACUUGGGGCGAGGUGGAUCCACUGCAGUAACUGCAAUUCUAAUAGAUGGUCAGAAGUUAUGGAUAGCAAAUGUUGGAGAUUCACGAGCAGUUCUUUCAAAGAGAGGGAAGGCAAUACAGAUGACUACCGAUCACGAGCCCAACACUGAGCGGGGAAGCAUUGAGAACAGAGGCGGCUUUGUCUCCAACAUGCCAGUCAACAGAUUGGAGAAGCCACACCAAGAGUUUCUUUGGGAGGUAUAGGGUUUGGAGAAAAUCUCUCAGUUAUUGUUUAUUAUUGUUCUCAUUUUCUGAUUAGGUGUUUAUCCUCUGUACUCUCGAUAUGUGCAUCGAUAACACUCUCUAUUGUCAAUAAAAUCUUGACUUAUCAAAAAAAUUGAUUGAGGAUUUCUUGCUCACGUAUAUGGACAUGAUGCCUGAAUAUUAGAAAAUGGAUUACUUUCAAUCACUUUGUUCAGGAAUGGUUAUGGCAGUAUGUUCUGGAGGAUGAUCAUAUAUGGAAAACCUCUUGUGGUAAUUAAAUAAGGGGAGGAAUGUGCUGUUGGAUAUCAAAUUACACAUGAACUGGGGAUGAAUAAAAAAUAUUUGUCAGUUUUGGUAGGUUGAAGUGUGUGAGGGGGCAUUCAUUGUUGGAUUGGCUGCAAAUGAGAUAUGGUGUGGUGCGGGUUUCACAAAUAUAUGCCAUGUGCCUACCUACACAUUUGAACCAGUGGAGUUGAAUGCAAUCAAUGAUCAGAUAGAGAGAUUAACACAAUUUCUUGAUGAAGCAAAAUGCCUUUCAGAACAAUUUUGCCUCGAGUGAGAAAGGCCAGUCAAAUGACUGUAAAGAGGAGUAAUUUUUUGAUAAGCAAAAUACAAGUAAUUUGUCACGUGGGAAUCUAGAAUGGGAAGAUGUGAAUUGGAUGAUCUACUAAAGGCUGGGAUGGUUAAACCCUGGAGGCAGAAAAUUGAGUAUGUUUUGAUUGCAUUAGGUCUCUUCCUCUUGUGUUAUUUUUGCAUCAAAAGGUUAUGGUAUAUUAAUAAGCCUGUGAGUUGGUGCUUGCACUGUGGGACUGCUGCUCUUCUUCUUUAUUAGUUAUUUUGUGUUCUACCACUUCUUAUACUUCUAUGCAGUUGCCUUGUUGAGUAAAGUCUAUUUGUUUCCCCUGUGAAUUCAAUCUGAAUGCGAAACGAUUUCUGUGUUAUCUACUUUGAUCCUAGGUUUUAUGGUCAUAAUAACCGAUGCAUGUGUUGCUUACUA